AUGGCUUACACGUCGAUAUUCGCUUUAUGUGUCUUGAAGCUUUCUCUCCUGGUUUCAGGGGCAUCCCAUGAUAGUGCAAGUAUCAUCCCUGGGCCUGCCAGGUGCCAGGCCCUCGCUUCAGACUUGCAGUUCCCCAACUCGUCAGUGGUGGUCGUGGAGUAUCACCAAGAUCAAGCCACGCUGACCUUGCCUGACGUGGCAGCUUCGUGCGGUGUCGUUCCCGGCACCAUCAAUGCCACGGCAGAUCUGUGUCGCGUUGUGCUCGAUAUCAACACUACCAGUACCAGCAGUGUCAUUGUCGAAGGGUGGCUGCCAACAACAUGGAACAGCCGCCUCGUAGGUACCGGUGGCGGAGGUAUCUCAGGCUGCAUCGACUAUGCUACCCUCAUGUAUACCACCAACCUUGGAUUUGCUUCGUUCGGCACCAAUGCAGGCCACAACGGAUCCAGUGGAUACGAACUUUUCAUCGACCAGCCUGAAGUCAAAAACGACUAUGGGUGGCGUGGCGUGCACACGCAGGCAUUGGCGGCGACAUAUGUCGUUCAAACCUACUAUGGCAACAACGCGUCGAAGAAGUAUUAUGUCGGAUGUAGCACUGGCGGUCGUCAGGGCAUCACCGAGGCGCUGAAAUUCCCGGAUGACUUUGACGGCAUUCUCGCAGGCUCGCCCGGUGUCAACUGGUACAACAUUGUAGCUGCUUAUGCACUGAAUGCACGGAAAGCGGGAUGGCCAGCCAUCAACUCGUCGAGCUACGUUACCGCAGCCCAGUGGGGAGCCAUCACUCAGGCGCAGAUCGAUCUUUACGAUGGACUCGAUGGUGUCAACGAUACAAUCAUUGACCAGCCUUAUAUGUAUCAAUUCGACCCUAAUGUCUUGCGAUGCGGUGGCGGCAUCCUAAAUGACAGCGUCUGUCUCACUCCAUCUCAGAUCAACGGGGUUGAAGCGGUGUUCCAACCCAUCACGAAUAGCACAGGUCAGUUGGCCAUGCCUGCCUGGGGUUUGGGAUCAUCGACCGCUGCCUGGUCAACCAAUGUUGUUAACGGAACUGCUGAGCUUCCCACGAUCAUUACCGAUGUUUUCAGAGGCCUCAUCUACGACAAUGCGAGCUGGAGUCCAGACGAUUUCAGCCUUGCUGAUCUGGAUUAUGCUGCCAGAGUUAAUCCUGGAGAGGUCGAGACGAGUGAGACUGAUCUGUCAGACUUCUACGCAAGGGGCGGCAAGCUUCUCUCUUACCAGGGUGGAUAUGACAAUGCAGCACCAUUUGAAUUGAACAUGUGGUAUUACAACAGAGUUGGCGCCACGCUCAAUAUGACAGCCCAAGAGUUGCAGUCGUUCUACCGUUUGAUCUUUGUGAAUGGAAUGUAUCAUUGUACGGGCGGACCAGGCGCAUGGAAUAUUGGCCAGGUUGGACCUCUGCCGUCGAACUUGAAUUCCACCAACAACAGUGUGCUGCUGUCACUUGUCGCCUGGGUCGAAAAUGGACAAGCACCAAAGUCGAUCGUUGGAAGCCUGCUGGCUGAUAAUGGCACCGUCCUUAAUCAAAGAACGCAUUGUGUCUAUCCCGCAAUUAGUAAGUGGGACAAGCAGGGUCCCACGUCACUCGCCUCUAGCUGGCAAUGUGUCGAUGCUUGCGAAUCGGGACUCGCAUGCUGA